AUGUUCAAAUCCGUUUAUUCUACCGAAUGGCAAAUCAAAUUAGGCGGUUUAGUGACAGAAUUGUAUUUAUUGGGAGCAACUCACGUGUAUUUAUUUGGAAGUAGCCUUCACGACUAUCACCAGUCAAAUGAUAUCGAUAUAUGUGUGGAUGGAAAUAUCAAAUUACAAGAACAGUUAUCUAUUGGUGAUAAAUUUGCAAAAGCGUUUGAGAAACCGAUCGAUAUUGUACAUGCCAGUUGCAUGGAUAUGAACGAAACAAUUAUGAAACAUGGAAUUUUAUUAACAUUGGAUUCACAAAAUCGAGCCUGUUCUGCCACGACACAUAUCCCACUUCCACAUACAUUAAUUGAUAUGUUGUUAAUAGAACUAAAAUAUAUCGAGAAAGAAAAAAGAAAUCUUUUGAGAGCAACAGAUUCACUUAACGAUGUAUUACACCGUCAUCAAUAUUCGGACGAUACAGAGUUAUUAAAUGAGGAAAUUGAUUAUGCAUGUAUAAAUGUGGUAGAUAGUAUGCGACGAAUUUAUCAACAUUUUGAACAGUCACUCUAUCGAAUAGCUAAGCAUCAUGAUGUAAGGAUUUGUAUUGUAUCUUGUAGCAUUAUUUAAUCCCUGUUGCAUUAACGAUUUAGAUAAAAACAAUUAAAACAGAAGGUCGUUGGCACACUGAUCUGAUCAAUUUGUUCAACGGAAGCAAUCCUGCGUUGCCGGCCGAUUUUGAAUCGGUUAAUAGAAUGCAUUAGAAAAUUAGGUGCAAGCUCCGCGCCGGACCAAACUUUAUGAAACUAAGCUGGUAUAUGCAGAAUUUCAAGGCGAAUCCGACAGCGGGCUUCUUAUAUACACCAUCUGAUUAAGUGACCAAUAUUGCAAAUCUUUCAGACUGUGUAAGUUACACAGUCUGAAAGAUUUGCAAUAUUGGUUACUUAAUCAGAUGAUGUAUACAAAAAAAGUUAAUAUGAAUAAAUUAGGAAUUAAUGAGCAUAGAAAUGCUAUUGAUCAGAUACAUUGCGUGCUGUCAAAGUAUGUUCAAAAAUUGCAGACAGAGUAACACUCAUAGGGUGAUGAAGCUCAUUUAUUAAUUUUUCUUUUUGUCAGCAAAGAACGAUUGUUUGUGUUUUUAUCUACAGUUGUGUGCGUAUGUGUUAUAAAAUGUUCUGUUUUUAAUGAUAUAACAAUAGGAUAUUUUGUUUCUUGGAAAAUCGAAGCAUUGGAGAGCAAUUUAAAGCAGUAUCUCUAGUCAUAAUAAAACCAUGGUGCCUGUUUUUCUUCAACUUAAUUUGGUUUUUUUAUUCCUCUAUUAUAUACUGUAGUUCCUUUCUUCUUGGUUCUACUGUUUACUACCACUGUUUGUUUCUUUGUUUAUUUUUAUCAUUUUUUUCUGCGAAAGGCAGUAGUAGUUAAUACCACGUUGGAUAAAAUGUUCGCUUUCACGCUAUACAUCAUUCUCGCGUUGUUUGCCAUUUCUUAUUUUUGUUUUGUUAUGUAGUUUGCCAUUGAGAUUAUUACAUAAAUGUAACGAAAUUCUGAGUCUGUUCUCUAACUGCUGUUUCUGUUCUGCAAGCCUGAAUCAACAUAAUAUUUUAAAUAUUUAAUUACUUUUCAACAUUUAACAUUUAGAUGUACAAAGAAAGAGAACAUAUUUCUUGUUAAACACUGAAAUGAUGGACUCAAACACUAGAUCGCGCAUUAAUUGCUAUUAUUAUUUUGAAUUCUUUGUUCACUAUAUGUUUAUAUGUCCAUUUUGAUGAUGAUUAUUUUCAGUGAACAGUAUUUUACUCUCGUGAAUGUUAUGAAUUGUUGCUGUUAAUGCAGUGAUGUUUUGUGAUGGUGAACAUUGUGAAUGUAAUAGUGAGUGAAGUCAAUAGAAUAAAAUUGAGUUAUAGUUAAAUUUGGUUGAAUAAUACUCUAAAUUUUGUGGGGUACGAUAAGAACAAAGAAAGUGACAGUAAAUCUCACCAACAUAAUGGCAACUUGACGACACUAACGUGCAACUAUAAUGUUGUCUCGAAGAAGAGCUUUUGGACUGAACAAUAUUCGACAUAUUUUCGAAUGCCAGAGAAAGAAUAAAAUAAAUAUUAGGAUACAUAAUGUACAUGAAAUCAGAUACCAAUUGAACCAUGAUUUUGGAAACUCAGUCAUACCUAGAAUACACCAUUUAAUUAUGGUUAUACGAUAAAUAUCCAGACGACGUUAAAUACGUACAUGAAAUGAUUGUUUCAUUGUAGAUUGCAACAGACGUAUUUUUAUAGACAAAAAACGGUGCUGAUAACAAACAUGAUAUUAACCGUAAGGAGACGACAGUAGGAAAUGUAUGAAAUAACGUUAGUUUCGCUGAAGACUAUGAAAGUAAAACAAUCUGUUAAUAACGUAAAAAUCAUUGAUGUACAUAAAAAAUAUUGCAAACCUUCGAUGGUUGACAAAUAGCCACAUAACGUUCAUAACUAAUCGUCAUUAUUAUUAAAACCGAACAUGUACCAGUUAUAUUUUGUACAAACGGACUAAAACUACCUAAAGUAAGAAAACAUACAUACGAUCUUAAAAAGUAAAUGUUUUUCCGUCUAGGAAUUUUCUUAUAAAUUGUAUUCUUUUUUUAAUGGUCUGUAUUAAAUAUAAAAGAUUAUUCUUAAAAUUAUGGUCAUAAACGACAUAAAUUUAAUCCUUCAAUUAGACAUUAUACUUGUUCGAGAUAGAAGACUAUACUUACACAUGAAUUUCCUAACGGAUGAUGUCCUUUAACAUACAAAUCUUGAUAACCAUCAGCUGUACAAAACACUAAUAACAAAAAACUAGUAGAAAAAUAAAUAAAUAUGCACAUAAUAACUCUUCGUCUUAUACCCAUCAUCAUCUUGAAGAGAAAUAAAGAGUUCAGAGCUGCAUCACAUAAAUGAAUGCAUGAGAUCAAGUUCAGUGAACACUUGAACAGGCCCUCGCAUGGAAUUGUUU